CCCUGGGUUCCCUCUGUCCGUGUUCCUCAGUGCCCUGCCCAGGGCAGCAUGCCGCGUCCAGCGAAGGAGUGCGGCUGCUAGAUCUUUCCGUGUCCCCUUUCUGUGGCAGCAGGCCCUCAGAGCAGCCGGUGGCUGGCUUCUGGUCUCCCCUGUCCCCGGGUGCCUCCGCCCACACGCUUUGCACGACCAACAUUUAAAAUGUGUGAUGAUGUCCCAGAUAAUUGGCAUACUGGGGAGAAAUGCCUUGCCCCUUGUUCUGAAAAUGGAAAACUUCAUGAAGGAACAAUAUGCUCUAUUGAAAAGGACAAGAAUGGAAAAGCAUUUGCUGUUGUAUCAUUCACUGAGUCUGAAGAAAGAAAAAUACCAAUAACUAAACUUCAUAGAGUCAAAGCCAGUAGAGGACCCUGGAAAAGCUUAAUAUUUGAUGAUGGUGACCUGGAAAAGCCUUAUUUUCCUAACCAAAGUUUUCCAUCUCCGGAAGUUGCUUUUAAAUUGUCUGACAAUGGCGAUUUUAUCCCAUAUACAAUCAACAGAUACCUGCGUGAUUAUCAAAGAGAAGGAGUCCAGUUUCUCUAUGGACACUAUGCUAAUAAAAGGGGUUGUAUUCUUGGAGAUGAUAUGGGCCUUGGAAAGACAAUACAGGUAAUUUCAUUUCUGGCUGCAGUGUUGCACAAAAAGGGAACACGUGAGGAUAUUGAAAAUAAUAUGCCAGCAUUUCUACUGAGGACAAUGAAAAAAGAAUUGAAGGGUAACCCCAAGAAGACUUUCCUCAUAGUGGCCCCUCUUUCAGUGCUGUACAACUGGAAGGAUGAAUUAGACACUUGGGGGUACUUUAAGAUCUGUAUCUUACAUGGCAAUAAAAAAGAUUAUGACUUAAGUCGCAUCAAGCAAGGGAAAUGUGAAAUUGCCCUUACAACGUAUGAGAUACUUCGCCUGUAUUUAGAUGAACUUAACAGUGUAGAAUGGUCUGCUGUGAUAGUGGAUGAAGCACACCGAAUCAAGAAUCCAAAGGCUCAAGUAACUCAAACCAUGAAGUCAUUAAAAUGCAAUGUUCGCAUAGGUCUUACUGGAACCAUUCUGCAAAACAAUAUGAAGGAGCUUUGGUGUGUUAUGGACUGGGCUGUACCAGGACUUUUGGGUAGCAGAGGACAUUUCAAGAAGAAAUUUUCUGAUCCAGUGGAGCAUGGCCAGAGGCACACUGCAACUAAAAGGGAGCUAGCAACGUGUCGUAAGGCCAUGGUGAAGCUAGCCAGAAAAAUGUGUGGCUCAUUCCUGAGACGUACCAAAGACCUUAUCAGUGAUCAAUUGCCAAAAAAGGAAGACCGAAUCGUGUACUGUUCCCUGACUGAAUUCCAGAAAGCAGUGUACCAGGCUGUGCUGGACACAGAGGAUGUAAGCUUAAUAUUAGGAGCGGGAGAGCCCUGUAGUUGCAACAGUGGAUGUAAAAGGAAGAACUGUUGUUACAAAGUAAAUGCUCAUGGUGAAACAGUUAAGUCACUGUGCUUCAGUUACCUGACAAUCCUACAGAAGGUUGCAAAUCAUGCAGCUCUGUUGCAGACAGACAACACUAGCAAGCAGCAGGAAGCACAUAUCAAACGGCUGUGCAGCCAGUUGUCUUCCAGUUUUCCAGAUUUUGUGCAGUUAAGGAAAGAUGCAGCCUUUGAAACAAUUUCAGAUCCAAAGUACAGUGGGAAAAUGAAGGUCCUUCAGCAGCUUUUAAAUCACUUCAGAAAAAACAAGGAUAAAGUUCUUCUUUUCUCCUUCUCCACAAAGUUGCUAGAUGUGCUGGAACAAUAUUGUAUGGCAUCUGGGCUAGAUUAUCGAAGACUUGAUGGAACUACAAAAUCCGAAGACAGGAUCAGAAUUGUAAGAGAGUUCAACACCGUUCAAGAAAUUAACAUAUGUCUUGUAUCUACAAUGGCUGGUGGACUGGGUCUUAAUUUUGUUGGUGCCAAUGUUGUUAUACUCUUUGAUCCUACAUGGAACCCUGCAAAUGAUCUUCAAGCUAUUGACAGAGCUUAUAGGAUUGGCCAGUACAAAGCAGUUAAAGUAUUUAGAUUGAUAUCCUUGGGAACGGUAGAAGAGCUGAUGUACUUGCGACAAGUUUAUAAACAGCAACUCCACUGUGCAGUGGUUGGAAGUGAAAAUGCCAAACGGUAUUUCGAGGCAGUGCAAGGAUCGAAGGAACAUCAAGGAGAGCUGUUUGGGAUCCAUAACCUUUUCAGAUUUAGGACUCAUGGGUCCUGUCUUACCAAAGACAUCCUGGAGGUGUGA